AUGCUGUUCUCAUUCACUCGCUUCUUUACUUUCUCGCUUCUUGCCGCUGGUGCGCUCGCUGAGACGCACAAGGUCACUUUCGAGAACAAGUGUGGCAAGGGCACACCGCAAUUGCAGCAGAAGAACAAGACAGUUUCAUCAACAAGUACAUACACCGCGAACAGUACCUUCGAAUCCGCAACAGCAUUCUUGCAAACAGGCGAAUGUGGUGGGAAUGGACAAAACUGCACGCUCAUCGAGACCAAUCUCAAGAACUCGGGGAACUCUAGCACUAACAUCACACUCGUUCCUCCGCAAAAGUUCAAUGUACCAGCGGCGUUUAGAUAUGAGGGUGGCUGCAACGGCACAGGCCUGAACUGCACGUCAGCAAACUGCACGGAGGCGAUUCACAAUCGUACAGUAUCUGUCAAACCGUCUUCCUGCAAUGCAAGCAAUGUCAACCUGAUCAUUACUUUCUGCUAA